AGGUAAAGGUUUGAAAGCAUGAAAAUCUAAAGCACUACACUGAGCCCAUAUUAUAUUAUAUAUGCAUUAGGUAAAAGUUUCAACCAUUAUUAUAUUGAAUGAAUGAUGGCAUCCCAACCUACCCUUGAAAGAAAAGUUGUGGAGCUACAAAGGUACAUAGAUACAAAUCCAACACCCCCAAGUUCAAAACCAAAGAUACAAAGGGUGGCAGAGUAUCUCAGAAAGAGAGAAAAUUUUGAGAAGCAUUACAUCCCAAGGUUUGUAUCAAUAGGUCCCAUCCAUCAUGGCAGUACAGAUCUGGAGUUAGGAGAGAAGUACAAGCUUAUGUGGGCAGCAGAAUACAUCAAAAAAACUGAAAGCAUUCUGAAAGAUCUGCACAAAAAGAUUGCCGAUAACAUUGAUACGCUGAAGGAUCGUUUUAGCGAUGAUGUUUUAACUUUAACCCGCAAGUCUCUUGACGGCUUUGGUAGCCUCGAAGAAAAGCUGUCAUGGAUAUUGUUCGUGGAUGGAUGUUCUUUGUUGCAUAUCUUGGAGAAAUGGAAGCAUUUUGAACAAGAGCACAUGACUAUUGUGAUGAUGGAUGUGCUUUUGUUGGAGAAUCAACUGCCUUAUGAAGUACUCAAGCUAUUGUGGAAAGACGACAACCAGAGUGCAUUAAUAGAAAGCAUGACGAAUUUCUUCAACUAUCUUCAUUUGAAACGAGAUGAUCCACGGUUAGAGAAGGAGAAGAAAGGAGAAGGACAACAUAGUGUAUCAAUGCCAGAUGAGUCACUGUUAGAGCCACCCAAUCAUCUUCUUGAUCUGCAUCGUAAAAUGAUCCUCACUGCAUCUAAUUCCAAGACUAAAGAAAAUAAAUGGAGUCAGGAGCUUAUUCUAAGAAUAAAGUCAUGGAAAUGGCCAUGGGAGCUUUGUGGAAAACUACACAGAUGGAUUGGGAUGAAUUCAGAGCGACCUUCCGAAUUGAGGACGAUGAAUUCAGAGCGACCUUCCGAAUUGAGGACGAUGAAUUCAGAGCGACCUUCCGAAUUGAGGACACACAGGAACAUACAAGAUCUAAAAGCUGUAGGAAUAAGACUUAAGUCAAGCAAUACACCAAGCCCAAAAGACAUACAUUUCUCCGAUGGAUGGUUCACUGCAGAACUGACUCUUCCUAUGAUCAUUGUGACCGACAGUUCAGCCUCUACUUUCUUCAACCUGACAGCAUAUGAGAUGUGUCCAGAUUUUGAGAACAAAUACGAAAUUUGUUCUUUUGUAGUUUUCAUGGAGUCACUCAUCGACCAUCCUGAAGAUGUGAAGGAAUUGAGAUCAAAAGGGAUUUUGCGCAAUAAACUUGGGAGUGAUGAGGAAGUUGCCCAUCUUUUCAAUAUCAUAAGUACCGACUUGAGAAAAAGUGGAACAUAUAAUAAAGUUUCAGAAAACAUACAUAAGCAUUACCGUAAUAAAUACAAGAAUUGGAUAGCGCAGCGUUUUCACACUCACUUCAGCAAUCCUUGGGCCAUUACUGCAUUCCUUGCUGCGUUUAUCGCCCUUGCUCUUACUUUCAUUCAGACAUGGUUUACGGUUAACCCACCAAGAAAAUAAAGGUGGUUUGUUAUGACACUCAUCACAUCUCUGGAUUUUAAUAGGUUGUGUUUUUAACAAAUAAAUUGUGUUAAGUUUGUGUGUACGUCUUAACUAUGAGUAUUUAAAAAAGAAUGUCUUUAUAUUUCUGCUGUGUGUUUGAAUUGAAACAUGAAUAAAUUAAUGGAUAUUCUCAUAGAUGAUCUACGUGUUUCUA